AUGUCACUUGGUUCAAUGCGUACCACUUUUUUACAAAACCUUGCUUCCAUAGCGAAGGCAUCGAGCGAGAUUACUGUUUUGCAAGUUGCCAGUUUUCUCAUUUCAACAUUUGAAUACGCUCGCAAACGGAGUCUCGCCAAUUUGACUGCAUUUGAAGAAGUCGAAUGUCAUCAACUCGAACAAGAACUGCCCAAAGUUUAUCAAAUUCUUGGACGUCGCAAGGGCAUUCUACGUCUUUGCAGAAACACCCGUGAACAAGAUUUAUUCGAAUAUCUCAAGUAUUUGUCGGCUGCCAAAUUCCUGGUUGAUGAUUUUGGAAAAUUCGUGCCGAACAGUCCGGAGAAAGAACAGGAUAUGACUGCUUUAAAAGAAGACUUUAAUGAAAAAUGGUAUUUCCUUGGCCUGAAUUAUAAUAUGGAUUUUGAAGAUCCUUAUCCAGAUGGACCGAAGCCAGAUUGGAGCGGUGUCCCAGAAUCGCAUUAUUGGUGGGCUGAUAUAGACAAUUUGUAUUCAUUGGUUUGGGCGAAGACUGCUACAUAG